AUGGGACAGGCUGCAAACUUACCCUGCAGAAAAAGUGGUACAUAUGUCACUGAGCUUUAUGAAUGGUUCAGGAAAUUCCUGAACGAGUGUCCCAGUGGAUUGAUCACCCUUCACGAGUUCAGACGUCACUUCUGUAAUGGCACUGUGGGAAAAGAGUCUGCAGAGUAUGCCGAGCAGAUCUUCCGCACGCUAGAUAACAAUGGGGAUGGAGUUGUAGACUUCAGAGAGUAUGUGACAGCCAUCAGCAUGCUGAUAGAGGGUUCGACGGUGGAGAAGCUGCGAUGGUCCUUCAAACUCUAUGACAAAGACAAAGAUGGAGCCAUAACACGGUCAGAGAUGCUUGAAAUCAUGCAGGCCGUGUACAAAAUGAGUGUAGCAGCAUCACUGACCAAACCUGAUCCACUGACUGCUGAAGAGUGCACCAAUAGGAUAUUUCAAAGGCUGGAUAAAGACAACAAUGCCGCGAUCAGUCAAGAGGAAUUCAUUGAAGGGGCAAUGAAUGAUGAAUGGAUCAGGGAAAUGCUGGAGUGUGAUCCAAACACAGUGAAGAUGGAGAGGCCGGUGAAAGGACACACGGGCAUCUAA